UCGCAGGGCUGCUCCGCCUGCCGUCGAGUGUGGCCCGCACGCGCCUGGCCACCGGGGCGCCCGCACCACAGGGGCUGGGGGCGGCCGCGGACGUCGGCUAGACGAGGAUGGAGUGACCCGUGCGGCCCUGGACGCGCAGACCCAGCUGGACGCCCCCCGUCCGCCGGCGCCGCGGAGCCGAGCCCUGCGCUGCGCCUCCAGGAAAGGGCACGCGGCGCGGGAAGCCGCCAUGGACCGCGACGGCCCCGCGCGCAGCGCCUUGAUCGCCAGCGACCGGCCCGCGCCCGCCGCCCCCCGCGCCCCGAGCCCGGGCCGGGCGGGGGCGGGGGCGCGGGCGGGCGGCGGGCGGCCGGCGGCGGCGAACGCGGCGCGGGAGCGGAGCCGCGUGCAGACCCUGCGGCUCGCCUUCCUGGAGCUGCAGCGCGCGCUGCCGGCCGUGCCGCCCGACACCAAGCUGUCCAAGCUGGACGUGCUGCUGCUGGCCACCACCUACAUCGCGCACCUCACCCGCAGCCUGCAGGACGACGCCGGCGCGCCGGCCGACCCCGCGCCCGGGCCCCUGCGCGGCGACGGCUACCUGCACCCCGUCAAGAAAUGGCCCAUGCGAUCAAGAUUAUACACUGGUGCUACCGGUCAGUUUCUGAAGCAUUCUGUGUCUGAAGAAAGAGCAAAUCAUGGCAGUACUACCACAGACUCACAGCCUUAGGCUUUCCUCUAAAGGGUGCUGGUAGAAAGCGGCAUGAUUUUUAAAUCAUAGGAAAUCAUUCUAUAUUUAUUACAUCAGACCUAACAAACAUCAUUCCUGAAAGCUUACAUUUGCAUUCUGGUUGGAAGUUCAGAUUUAUCUGUCUAAUAUAAAUAAAUGUGGAUUUCAAUAAUUGGUCUUAUAUAAAACACCCAGCUUAUCUAUUGUGAGAGAUAGUCACUACUUUAUACUGUAAGGAAAACUAUUGAAAAAAAAGAAAAACACCAAAAUCAAAGAAUUAUGUACGUAUAAAAAGAAUGCACACAUUUUCUGUAGUAAAUUUAGCACACACUGAAAACCUGGUAUCAAUAGUCUUGAUAUGUUAAAAAAAAAAAAAAAAAGACCCCAGUAUUCCAUCUUUGUGAAACCCAGUUUGUCCUUAAAGUUGGUCUGAGAAGCCAUUUCAGUCAGAAAGUGUGAGAUCAUGUAUUCAGUUUU